GUCAUCCUUGCUGAUGUAGAGCGGCACGGCGGCCUUUCUUUGCUGCUCUACAUUUCCCCCCGGUCUUUUCCACUCUUAUUCCGCUGUAGUAGGUCUGACUUACUUUCAACAUGUCUCGGAACCCACCACUUCUCACCGCCUGCCUGCUACUUCUGGUUGCUCUGAACUCAAAGGUUUCAGCGGACGGUUUGGUGAACGAAGAUGUGAAGAGGACCGUGGACUUAGGCACUCAUCUGGCCAAGAUCAGCGCGGAGAUCGUGCUGUCUAAUCAGGGACCCUCUGCAGUCAACAGCUUCUUAUUGGCGGUGGAGGCUGACCUGGCUCCACACCUGGCAUACAUCGGAGCUUCGGUGAAGGGGGAUGAGGAGGAGGAUGGCACACUUGAGCUCACACAGACAACAGUUGAGGGCCAGAGUGGGCAGUUUUUUAAGGUCCAUCUGCCCUUCAGCCUUGCAGCAGGUGCUCAGCUGAAAGCUAAGGUUGAGAUGACAUACAGCCAUGUCCUAAAGCCCUUCCCCACACACAUAACCCAGGCUGAGCGCCAGCUGGUGGUCUUUCAAGGGAACCACUACCUGUACUCUCCAUACCCCACCCGCAGCCAGACCACACGUGUCCGCCUGGCCUCCAAGACUGUUGAGAGCUACACCAAACUGGGCAACCCCAGCAAGAACGAUGAGAUUAUUGAGUAUGGACCCUUCCGGGACGUGUCUGCGUUCAGUGAGGAUACAAUGAGGAUCCAUUAUGAAAACAAUACACCCUUCCUCACCAUCAGCAGCAUCACUCGGACCAUUGAGGUCUCUCACUGGGGUAACAUAGCAGUGGAGGAGACCAUUGACCUGAGGCACACAGGAGCCGUCCUGAAGGGGCCGUUUUCACGCUACGAUUAUCAGCGCCAGUCAGACAGUGGCAUCUCAUCCAUCAAAUCCUUUAAGACUAUCCUUCCCGCCUCCGCCCAGGAUGUCUACUACAGAGAUGAGAUUGGCAACAUCUCCACCUCCCAUCUGCAGGUUCUAGACGACUCUGUUGAGGUGGAGGUCAGGCCUCGCUUCCCCUUGUUUGGAGGCUGGAAGACCCACUACAUCAUUGGCUAUAAUCUGCCCAGCUAUGAGUACCUGUACACCCUGGGUGACCAGUAUGCACUGAAGAUGAGACUGGUUGACCAUGUGUAUGAUGACCAGGUUAUCGAUUCCCUUACUGUGAAAAUCAUCCUGCCAGAGGGGGCGAGAAAUAUCCACGUAGACACACCUUACAAAAUCGACCGCAUGCCAAACCAGCUGCACUACACAUACCUGGAUACCUUUGGCCGACCAGUGCUGGUGGCCACCAAGAACAACCUGGUGGAGCAUCACAUUCAGGAUGUUGUGGUUCAUUACAACUUCAACAAGAUCCUGAUGCUGCAGGAGCCUCUCCUGGUUGUUGGCGCCUUCUACAUCCUUUUCUUCACUGUCAUCAUCUAUGUUCGCUUGGACUUUGCAAUCACUAAGGACCCUGCAGCUGAGGUGCGUAUGAAGGUGGCCUCCAUCACUGAGCAGGUUCUGACUCUGGUCAAUAAGCGCCUUGGUCUGUACCGGCACAUGGAUGAGGUGGUCAACCGCUACAAGCAGUCCCGUGACACUGGGGCUCUAAACAGCGGGAGGAAGACUCUGGAGGCUGACCAUCGCACCCUAACCAAUGAAAUCAGCUCACUGCAGGCCCGCCUGAAAGCCGAGGGCUCUGACCUGGCUGAUAAGGUCGGGGAGGUGCAGAAACUAGACGGUCAGGUGAAGGAGCUUGUGUGUCGCUCCUGCCAGGAGGCAGAGCGGUUGGUGGCGGGGAAGGUGAAGAAGGAGGCUUACAUUGAGAGUGAGAAAACUCUAACAAGCAAGAGACAGGAGCUCGUCAGCCGCAUUGACAGUCUGCUGGAUGCCCUCUAAACUGCAUCUACCACUCUGACACGUAAACAGACACACAAUGAUACAACAUACAGCCGGCUAUUUGAACGAGUGAGAAUAAAUACGAUGUGAUUCAUGCUUACACUUAUUUUUCACCAUCCUUGAACUGACACAUGGACUUCUCAUCUUAAUGUGAGUGAUGGGUUUAUCUAAACACUGGUGCCUUUGUGCCUUGUGAUAAACUUGAGGUCACUGUGCUCAGCUCUACAGCAGAUGCAUUAGUUUUUGGCUUUUGUUGUUCAGUUUGUUGAGCUACACUUUAAAAACAUCACACCUUGCCCAGACUUUAAGUGGCAUUUCCAUGUUUGAAUCUGGAAUUUCUAUUUCUUGCUCCCCAAGUUUGUUUGGUAAUGGGUUUAUUUUUUACUAAAAGCUGAGUGGCUCAAGUGUUUUCAGUCUCUUCACUCACACGUGCUGUUGAAUUGAAAUUAUCUACUGUCCACUUCUAAAGAAUGACAGUUAUUCAGUCUUCUCUUUUGCACUUACAGCUUUUCUACUCAGCCGACUGACGUUUUAUUUGAACAUAUUCAAAGCUCUGAUUCUGUGUCAUCCCAAAAGCUCUUUGUUAAAGUUCAUCAUUCAUAUUUUCUACAUUUUGUAUGUUUUUUUUUUUUUUGUUUUGUUUUGUAAAUGGUAUUUUUUGACCAUGAGAUUAGUGAAUACAGGAGGAGAUUGUGUUGUACGGGGAAAAAGAUGUGGGAGAUUGGACACAGAUGUUUGUGAAAUGGGCAAUGAUAUGGAAAGCUGUCAAAUUUGGAAUAAAGUUUUGAAAAACUCA